AAGAGAGAGAGAGAGAGAGAGAGAGAGAGAGAGAGAGAGAGAGAGAGAGAGAGAGAGUUGUGCUUUGGAGAGUUCAUCACAUUCUUGGAUACUUCUGUGGAGGUACCUAAGCGACAUUGGCGUCAUGAGUCUGAGGGUGAGUGUUCUGCUGUUGGCCGUGGCCAUGGUGACGGUGAUGGCCCAGAGGAGACGGACCAGCUCCAGCUCCAGCACCAGAGAAAGCGCCACCGCCACCAGCAGCAACGGGGAGUGGAACUACCGCGAUGGCUCUGAGAAAGUGAACAUGCGUAAUGUGGCCAACCUGACCGAAGUUCUGGACAACUGGAGAUUUGACAUCCUUAAGGAGAUCAAGAACCAGCUGCUUAAUGACCACCAGUCACUGCUGCCUGACUACGCCAGAAUCCAGCCGCUGUCUGAGGCUCUGGACGACCUGUAUAAGGAGUUCAACGCCCUGAAGGCUCACCUUGGCGACCUAACGGAGAAGUUCGGGCCCAUCGAGACCUUCAUCGACGAGCUGAAGGCUGACAGGGCGGCAGGCGGAUCCACCCCACGGGCCGGUUCUACCCAGUCCGACCCGGCCGUGGCCGCGGCCGCUCCCAAACCUACACGCAGAAGGAUCGUCAACAAGAGACCAAGCGGUUCCUGAGCCUCCUCCCUUUCCUGGCCGGCCGCAUAGCAGUGCAGGCACGCUGUCUCGUCUGUCUGCCUCUGGUCUAGUCACAGUAGUAACAGGAAGCCAUGAUUGAUUCGUGCACUUUUCCUCAAGCGCCUCUACAAUUACUAUCGUAUUUUUUUUUCUCUGCAUGUUGCUAGGAAGCAGGUAAUACACAAAGUAAGUCUACCCACCACACUGCAGCCAAGGAGAGGCCAUACGAGAAGCUGUGGUCUACAAGGGAAAUGGUUUGGCCAGUCGAGGGUAGAGAACUGGAGAGGGGAAAGGCCUUUUUUAUACGUUAUAAUCACGGUUGCUUUUCAUAGUCCACCACAUCCUCUUUGGCAGGACGUUUAGUGGCCAUGUUAGAUAAUGAAACCAGCCAAUGAUUGUGUAAUGUACUGAACAUUUUAUAGAAUUGAUUAGGCCAUCAGUGUAAUCGUUACAUGUUGAUAUUGCGGUAAUAUAUUUUGUUAAAUGAUUGUCUUUCUUCUACAGUAGUAAAGGUGCCCGACUCUCCCCAGAUAUACUAUAGGCCCUUUUAAAUUGCGCUAUAAAAUGCAAUGUGAUUUCUAAGUAAAUUUGUACGUACCUGAUAUUGAAUGAGAGUGCCUCACUUCUUUCGGCUCAUACUGUACUUGCUGCUUUUUAUCUGUCUAGCUCAUGUGUUCAUAUGCAAUAGUAUCAGCAACAAAUAAACAAUAAUCUGUUGCAUACAUUUUUACACACUG